GGAGGCUCGCCCUGACUGACCUCUGCAAUCCCAUCCAUCCACUCACACGCAGUUGUGAUAAGAGGGUGAAGUGUGAGCUAAAUACGGACGAGGCCUGGGCAAGGUCAUUUCUGCCAGAACACCAGAGACUCCAAGAGCUCAAGGGUGCUGUAGUACAGAGAAAGGGGCUGUUCCCGAGAAUUCAAAAAAAGAAAAGAAAAAGAAAAAAGAAAAAAGAAAAAAACCUCUAUACAUAAAGAGUAAAAAUGAGGGUCCCUAUAUUUGAGGAUGUAAAAGAUGAAACGGAAGAGGGAAAAACAGAGGAAGAAGGUGAAGAUGACACGGCAUCAAGAGUCUCUGCAGAGUGAGUUUGGUCACAUCUGCAUGAAGCUUGUGACCCAUUGUUUUGGUUCAACCCCUUUGAGGCUAUUCACUCGCAUGACAGCAGAAAGAACAUUUUCCAGAUUCAUUAUAAAGAAGAGUAUAAAAAGUCUAAGGACAAGUGUACAUUUGUGACUGACACUCCCAUGCUAAACCAUGUAAAAAAUAUCGGCGCUUUUAUUUCUGAGGCAAAAUACAAAGGCACCAUUAAGGCGAACCUCUCCAAUUCUCUUUAUAAGCAGAUGCCAGCCACAAUCGAUAGUGUUUUUGCAAGAGAAGUUACACAGCUUCAGAGUGAGGUUGCUUAUAAGCAGAAACACGAUGCUGCCAAAGGAUUCUCAGAUUAUGCCCAUAUGAAGGAGCCACCUGACAUCAAACAUGCCAUGGAGGUCAAUAAACACCAGAGUAAUAUUUCUUAUAGAAAAGAUGUGCAGGACACCCACAUGUACAGUGCGGAUCUCAAUAGACCAGACAUCAAGAUGGCAACACAGAUCUCCAAGAUCAUAAGCAAUGCAGAAUACAAGAAGGGGCAAGGAGUAAUGAAUAAAGAGCCUGCUGUAAUUGGAAGACCAGAUUUCGAACAUGCUGUGGAAGCUUCUAAACUUUCUAGUCAAAUUAAAUACAAAGAAAAAUUUGAUAAUGAAAUGAAGGGUAAGAAACAUCAUUACAAUCCUCUUGAAAAUGCUUCUUUUAGGCAAAGUCAGCUUGCCACCGCACUGGUGAGCGAUGUGAAGUACAAGAAAGACAUUCAAAGUAUGCACGAGCCAGUAUCAGAUCUCCCAAACCUGUUUUUAGACCAUGCUUUGAAAACCAGCAAAAUGCUCAGCCGACGAGAGUAUAGAAAGUUUUUUGAGGAAAACAAAGGAAUGUAUCAUUUCGACGCCGAUGCUCCUGAACACCUGCACCAUAAAGGCAAUGCCACGCUCCAGAGUCAGGUUAAAUACAAAGAAGAGUAUGAGAAAAAUAAGGGAAAAUCAAUGCUUGAAUUUGUUGAGACACCCUCAUAUCAAGCUUCAAAGGAGGCUCAGAAGAUGCAGAGUGAGAAAGUUUACAGAGAGGAUUUUGAGAAGGAGAUUAAAGGAAGGUCAUCACUGGAUUUAGACAAGACUCCAGAAUUUUUACAUGUAAAGUACAUCACCAACCUUCUGAAAGAGAAGGAAUAUAAGAAAGAUUUGGAAAAUGAAAUAAAAGGCAAAGGAAUGGAACUUAACUCAGACGUUCUUGAUGUUCAAAGAGCAAAACGUGCAUCCGAAAUGGCUAGUGAGAAAGAAUACAAGAAAGACCUGGAGUCAAAAAUUAAAGGGAAGGGAAUGCAAGUUGGCACUGACACCCUUGAAAUACAACAUGCUAAAAAAGCUUCAGAGAUAGCUAGUCAGAAAGACUAUAAGAGAGAUCUGGAGACUGAAAUAAAAGGGAAGGGCAUGCUGGUGGGUCCAGACACUCUUGAUAUCCAGAGAGCCAAGAAAGCAUCGGAAAUGGCCAGCCAGAAAGAAUAUAAGAAAGACUUGGAAAAUGAAAUUAAGGGGAAAGGAAUGCAAGUGAGCAUGGACAUCCCGGACAUACUGCGAGCCAAGAGGGCAUCUGAGAUCUAUAGCCAGAAAAAGUAUAAAGACGAAGCAGAAAAGAUGCUUUCUAACUAUAGUUCUGUGGCAGAUACUCCUGAAAUUCAGAGAAUCAAGACAACUCAACAAAACAUUAGUGCGGUAUUUUAUAAGGAAGAAGUAGGAGCUGGCAUGGCAGUAAAAUAUACUCCAGAGACUGAACGAGCAAAGAAAAAUCAGCAGAAUAUUAGUUCAGUAAAAUACAAAGAAGAGAUGAAUCAGGCAACGGCCAUUUCCGAUCCUCCAGAGCUAAAGAGAGCUAAAGAAAACCAGAAGAACAUCAGCAAUCUCCAGUACAAAGAGCAGUGCCACAAAGCCACGCCGGUGAGCGUCACACCGGAGAUGGAGAGGGUGAGGAGAAACCAGGAGCAACUGAGUACGGUAAAAUACAAAGGAGAAAUUAAACAGGCAACGGCCAUUUCUGAUCCACCAGAGCUGAAGAGAGCUAAGGAAAACCAGAAGAACAUCAGCAAUGUUUAUUAUAAAGGUCAGCUGGGAAGAGCUACAGCUUUAAGUGUAACUCCUGAAAUGGAAAGAGUGAAGAAGAACCAAGAAAAUAUUAGUUCGGUAAAAUAUACCCAGGACCAUAAACAGAUGAAAGGUAGACCAAGUCUGAUUUUAGAUACACCUGGUCUGAGAUAUGUCAAAGAAGCACAAAAUCAUAUUUCAAUGGUAAAAUAUCAUGAAGAUUUUGAAAAGACAAAGGGAAGGGGCUUUACUCCUGUUGUAGAUGACCCCGUGACGGAGCGAGUGAGGAAGAACACCCAAGUGGUCAGCGAUGCGGCCUACAAAGGAGUCCAUCCUCACAUCGUGGAGAUGGACAGGAGACCUGGAAUCAUUGUCGACCUCAAAGUUUGGCGUACAGAUCCUGGCUCCAUCUUCGACCUUGAUCCCCUGGAAGACAAUAUUCAGUCUAGAAGUCUCCAUAUGCUCUCUGCAGAUCUUGUCAGCUCUACCAGGGAAAAUGCAUCCGGAAUCCUAGUGCUUGGGACCCCCUCUGCCUCAGAUCCUCACAGUGGCCUCCAGACUGUGUUCCUGCUUCAGCUCUUGUCAUUCCACGCUGCCAACCCUCUGCCCCGCUCUGGUCUCCCCCUGGCGGCCAGAAGGAGCUUUCUGAAACCGCCAGUUCUUCCCGGAGCCUACCAGCAAAGCCAUUCCCAAGGCUAUGGGUACAUGCACCAGACCAGCCUCUCAUCCAUGAGGUCAAUGCAGCACUCACCAAAUCUAAGGACCUACCGAGCCAUGUAUGACUACAGUGCCCAGGACGAAGACGAGGUCUCCUUCAGGGACGGUGACUACAUCGUCAACGUGCAGCCCAUUGAUGACGGCUGGAUGUACGGCACGGUGCAGAGAACUGGGAAAACAGGGAUGCUCCCAGCCAACUACAUUGAGUUUGUUAAUUAGUUAUUUCUCCUUGUCUUUGAGCUUUAUUCUAAUGUAUACUAAACCCAAUCUUUUUAAAAGAUAGAAGAUACUUUUAAGACAACCUGGCAGUUAUUUUACAAUAAUCUGUCUUUACUUUGACAAUGAGACACACAGGUACCAGGAAGAAGGAAUGACUUCCGGGCUCAGGACAGCUACAUUUUCAGUGGUUCCUGUGCACAAAAUCUGUAGGUCUGGAGGCCCGGUGCUGCUAAUUGGGUUAAUGGUUUCUUUUGAUUGGCUAUCAAACACUUCUGGGAAAUGUAUUUUUGUAGACUUUAAUAGAGAUGUUGAUCGUCCCUUAAAUGUAACAAGUCUAUGAAACUUCUUAGCUGUCGCUUUGGAAUCACCAGAAGCCAAUUCUCUUAAUUCCUUAACACAGCCAAUAAUUUAAAGACCAUUUAGCUUUUGAGUCAUUAGGGAAUUUCCAAUUCAAGUGAUAAUUGCCUAAUGUAAUAAAUGUCAGAAAUGGCAGAAUGACAGUUUGGUUAAAAUUACAUUGACUGGUGGCCUUCGGGACCUAGAAACUUCUCCCGAACAAAGACAUUUCCUUGUUCCCUAGGCUGACUUGGGUCUCUUUAUUUCUCAUUGGUACCAAGGUGUAUCCUACUGUCCGUUUACAUUCUGUGGGCCCAAGUCUAUGCUUGACUCCAUAGAAUGUCAGGACCAAAUAACGUCACAGCUACUCUGCAAAGGGCAAAGUUUAAGGUCAUCUCUAUUAUUUCCCUAAGCGCUUUUACCCUGUUGCAUGUCACGUAGGUUCAAGCUUCUGCACCAUAGGAAGCCGCACUGCCUAUUAUUAAAGCAAAACGUGCGGCUGAUAACCUAACGGCCCUUCCCUCUAGUCGCCAGCUCAUCAGAAAAACAUAUUUGGAAAAGUUGCUUGAGAUUCUCCUGCUGCCUUGCAUUCUAGUUGUGAAGGAUUUACACCUUUAGGAAAUAGAUGUCUACUCUAGCAAAUAAGUGAUUUAGGUGUUUACCGAGCAGCUUUCAUUAACUUAAUGCCGCUGUCGAUUUAAAGGUAAAGAAAACUUAAUAGGAGCCAGUGACUACAAAGUGUGCGAGAGACAUCCAGUGAACAAAAUGUCACCCCUCCGCAUAGAGAUAAUCGUUGUUUUGUUUUGUUUUGUUUUGUUUUGUUUUGUUUUAAAUUUCGGAAAAUGCUAUUCACAUCCGGUACUGGAAAUCUAGCCACUGAAACCAGUUAAUGAAAAGACUUCUUUUCUACUUUCUUCUGGUUUUUACUUUCUAAACCAUAUUGUGGAGGGGAGGGGUGGGAGGCUGAAAAUGCCAGCAGAGAUUUUAGGUCUAGGCCCAACAGGUUGUUCCCCAAAAGAAAUUGUCGUCCUAUCUUGAAUUUCGAAUGCGAGAACCCUGCAGGCACUUCCUGGAUUCACCACUAUGCUGCAGCCCUUGCUGGCGGGUCAAGACGAUUGGCCGGUAGUUCAUAGUCAAGGUCACUGGAGAAAUUAACAUCCAUCAGCGACUCUGUGUUUUCCUGAUGUAUUUGGACCUCAGCAGGGUAGCAUUUGUGUAGGGCCUGACUCUGGAAUUGUGAUGAAGCUUCAAAAGCAAAGUUACAAAAAUGUGAUAAAAUGUAUAGAUCUUGGGGUUAUCUCCCUUAUGUAAUAUAGGCAAAGAAAUUAACAAAAUAUCCUGUAAAAUACCUUUUACGGAAGUGUUUAGGAGUCCAGAAACAAAUGCUAACCCAUUUACACUUUUGAAAAGUUAGCACCUACUUUUUGAAAAUCUAGAGUUUCAUUUUAUCUGGCUCAAAGAACAAAUAAGCUUUAUUACGCUCAGGCUGCAUCUACAGGACACUCACAUAAAAAGAGAUGAGAGAAAUUCAGGUACAAAACUAGAGAGUUUUUUGUUUUUUGUUUUUUUUUACAGAUUCCUACAUACCCAGCUGGACUGAUUUUCUAGUACUGAAAUGGCCAGUUAUGAUUAAAUUAACCCCCUAUCCAUUUUGAUGUCUUGUACACAAACCAACAAAGACAAGCUGAACUUGUGACAUUCUUGCAAAAAAAAAAAAAAAUUCUGUGCAUUAAAACUGGGGCAAUAAGCUUGCUCAAUUUUAUUAUAUCAUUAAGUAAAUAUUUUUCACCCAGACCACUUUUUUUGUGAUUAUGAAUAAGAGUAGUUGUUGAUUAAAUUUGCAGACUAAAUGUAGGACAGGUACAAUUUUUGAGAAAUAGGAAGCUCAAAGGGAACGGAUUUGAAAUGAUACUUUUUAUCGGGGAAAAGUCCCAUAAAGUAGCAGCUGGUUGUUCCAUUGUCUUUCUCAUCCACUAAUUUCAAAAUCAGUUUCAUGGAAUGUAGAAGUCAAUAAUUACUAGGGGAAUAAUUCUAAAAUUUUAAGCUUAGCAUAAUGUUUGCAUAGUGAGAUGUUUCUGCUUCCAGCCUCUAGGAAUUAAGGUCUGCUCAGAAUUUAACCAGAGAGCAGUUAUUUUAUAAUAAAGACUGAGGGAGAACAUGAUGUCACAUGCUCCUGACGCCAUAACUGGGUAGUGUUGCCACUCUUCCUAAAGCUUGUCAGGAUAUUGAGCAUCUCAGCAGAAAUAUUGGAAACAUAGAUGUAUAAUACCAAAGUGCUAUUUUUACAGCAUCAUUUUUCAAAACUAUGUUCUUGAACACUUUUUCCACUUUGCACAUGCCCCUCCUCCCCUCAAUUUGGCAACAUGCAUCUCAUACAUAAGUAACACUAACGGCUAAAGAAGGGUGUAAAUAAAAAAUCUGUUUUUUAGAAAUCAAGCUAAAGACUGAAAUGUCCAAGCACAGAGAACAUGCACCUGAUUCUCUGAACCUGAUGCGUUCUCAGGCUGGAUAAAAGCACAUGGAGCAGGUUGAUACGUUUUUACAAGUUUCCGAAAAUAAAACCGUAUGUGGAUCAUCUCUUGAGAGAGAAACAGAGCAGCAGAAUAGGUGACUUUUGUUGUAAGUUUUUGUAGUCAAUGUUUUUACUAAUUCUCGUGCUCUAAGGAAAGCUUUCUAUUUCUAACGUGGCAAAAUGAGUUCUUCACGUCUUCUUAUUCUUGUUUAGACACCUGCAGUGUAGCCAGUGUGAAAUAUCUAUCUGGUUGUCAGAUCCCCACGCCAUCCCUGCCUCUCCCCAGGCUUCCCGACCUCCAGAUACCACACGGGAAUUUGCAAGCACAAUUUCUAUGGGCACCUUGUAUGAACAUGGUUGAGAUUAGACCAGCCCUUCUUCAUCUCUAAAGUUCAUUGCUUGAAGAUGAUGAAGAUGCAGUUUGGGCAGGUUGACCACAGUCUUUCCUCCCUGUCCUCUCCUGGUUGAGCUUGACAACAGUCUGGGAGGUGGGGAAACAGACUUUACUAGAACAGUGAAGUUCAAGAGGUGCAUCUCUUUUUCAGGUGUGUUCACCUCCGGUGAAAUGUUUUUAAUGAAAAGAUAAAGAAAAUGGGUGUGAUCCUUAAAUAGCGCAUCCCUAUAUAAAGUGGAUAUAGUUUAUACCAAAAUUAUAAUAUAAAUAUAUUUUAAAAAAGGUGCCUUUUUGAUUACCCUUGUUUAUCCAUGAUGGUCUUGGAAAGAAAACCAAGCAAACAAGCUUCUUAUCUAUUCUAUAGUAAUAUUUUAUUAUACAUGAUUGGUAUUUUUGUGGUGGGGAAGUGAGAUACUCCUGACAGAUAUGAAAGGUGAUAGCUGAUUGUAUUUUUACCUCUAAAGAUGUAGAACUUUGGAAAAUACUGACCUUUCCCAUCUAUUUCUGAAAAGUUCUUUGUGGAUUUAUAUAUAGUCAGGAUGCAUAAACAUUAACUUUAGGUUUGAGACUUAAAAUACCUAUUGUAAGAUAGAAGAAUUAUGUUAUGAGGCUGAAUUCAUUACACAAGAUGAAAUUCACUUCAUAAAUUUCAUUAUACCUUAGCUAUAUUUGCUUCUGAUAAUCUAAAAGCGGCUAGAGGGUGGGUGUUUUGGGUAACGAGACACAGAGGAGAGAAAACUUCAGUUAAGUAAGAAGCUAUGUAAAGUAAGUUAAGAAUGCUAAAAGGAAAGUCUCUUUCUGAAGUAUUCCAUGCCCAUUAGGGUCCUUUCCAGACUGUCAAUUACUGUAUGAUGUUUCUGUGGCCAUCAUUUCAUGAUGCUUAGACUACUGGAAUCCACCAGCCUGGAAGGAUCCCCAAGGCAGAUUUCUCUCCGGUUGUCCAGAUUACUUCCGUAUAUUCAUGGAAUUCCAUAUGCUUUUUGCGUUUGAUACAUGGUAUCCCGUUGGCAUAUUAUCUACUUCUUGGUAAUCCAGUUGCUGUUAAGAAUGAUUGACUUUGAAGGACAAGAGAAAACUGUACCCUAGUCCCAUUCUUCAGUGUCCAUACAAUGAGUGGCUGAGCAUUUAGAAGUGGCACCAAGUGUGUUGUGGGUUUGGUGUGGAAACGUUGGCCUUUGACCUGUGCUAAGAAUACAAAAUUGAAUCAUUGCACAGCUUGGCUUCUGUCUGCUUCAAAAAUGUAGGAUUGUGGUUGAUGAUGAACUUGCAAGACUGUACUAACUUUGAGAGCAUACAGUUUUAAUGGAAACACUUAAUGUUUUUAAAAUGAAUGGGCUUAUAGAAUGAUACAAUGUUAUUAAUAUAAUUUGGCUUUUGUUAUGCAAAUUAACACCAGCUAUUAAAAUAUAUUUUAGUAGAAAUGCUUUAAUUCAUGUUUUCUUUCCUCUACACUGUGAAUCUUUAAGCCUUGGUGGACUAGAGCAACAUCGUGCUGCCCAAAGGACUAACCUAUGCAAACUAGUUCACAUUUUAGUGGAUGUCACAGUAAUUGUGUAAUAUGACAUUAUUUCCCCCCUGCAUAAUGUACAGCGGCAUUGAAAUAAACAUUAAGCCUAGCAUCAUGUAUGUAUAGUAUAGUCACUCACGAACCCUUCAAGGCUACUAUAAUCAUUAGUACUAUUAUUUGUUUAAAAGCAAAUCGCCGAGUUAUCUAUUAAAUCUACUUGAACGAUGUCAGAACAAGAAUGGCAGCUGGACGUGUCGGCCGUGGCUUCAAUGUGGUCACUGACGUGUUCUCCUGUGAUAGAGCUGUGUUCGGAUGCACUCUCUUCAGGGUAUUAUUAUUCCGUGUCUUCUUUCUGUAUUUGUAAAACAUUAUAACGCUCUAAUUUUCCUAUCUCUACACAUUUGGUUUGCUUAAAUAAAUGCAGGAUAUAACAAAA